UGAAACCGAAUCCUCCAGCUGUGGUGUCCCAGGCGCCGCCUCCCUCGGCGCCCCUCUCCUGCCCUGCCCUGAGCAGCCUGCCGCGCCGCCCACAAGCCCCAACUAUUCUGCAGGUCACCAGCCCUGAAGAUGAAGCUUUGGCUGUUGCUGGGACUUCUGCUGGUACACGAAGCGCUGGAGGAUGUUGCUGGUCAACACCCUCCUAAGAACAAGCGUGCAAAGGAACAAGGAGAAAACAGAAUCAAACCUACCAACAAAAAGGCCAAACCCAAGGUUCCAAAAGUAAAGGACAGGGACUCAGCUGACUCCACACCAAAGAGCCAGUCCAUCAUGAUGCAGGCGAUGGACAACGGUCGCUUCCAGAAGCCUGCUGCUACGAUGAGUCUGAUGGCUGGACAAACGGUAGAGCUCCGAUGUAAAGGAAGCAAAGUGGAGUGGAGUUACCCCGCCUACCUGGACACCUUCAAGGACUCCCGUCUCAGUGUGAAGCAGAAUGAGCGCUAUGGGCAACUGACUCUGGUCAACGCCACCUCCGCCGACACCGGUGAAUUCAGCUGCUGGGGGCGACUGUGCAAUGGCUACAUCUGCAGAAGAGAUGAGUCCAGGACAGGCUCCACCUACAUCCUCUUCACAGAAAAAGGAGAGCUGUUUGUACCUUCUCCCAGUUACUUUGAUGUUGUCUACCUGAACCCGGACAGACAGGCCGUGGUUCCUUGUCGAGUGACAGUGGUGUCAGCCAAAGUCACGCUCCACAGAGAGUUUCCCGCCAAAGAAAUCCCCACCAAUGGAACCGACAUUAUCUAUGACAUGAAGAGAGGCUUUGUCUACCUGCAGCCUCAUUCUGACCACCAGGGUGUGGUCUACUGCAAAGCUGAAGCUGGGGGCAAGUCUCAGAUCUCUGUCAAGUAUCAGCUGCUCUACGUAGAGGUUCCCAGUGGUCCUCCAUCAACCACCAUCUUGGCCUCCUCCAACAAAGUGAACGGCGGGGAUGACAUCAGUGUGCUCUGCACUGUCCUAGGGGAGCCUGAUGUUGAGGUGGAAUUCAGGUGGAUCUUUCCUGGGCAGAAGGACGAAAGGCCUGUGACCAUUCAAGACACCUGGAGACUGAUCCACAGAGGACUGGGGCACACCACAAGAAUCUCCCAGAGUGUCAUUACCAUUGAAGACUUUGAGACCAUUGAUGCAGGCUAUUACAUAUGCAUGGCUCAGAAUCUCCGAGGGCAGACUACAGUAGCUACCACUGUUGAGUUUUCCUGACUUGGGAAAUGAAGUAUAAUGAACCGAUGGGGAAGCUAUCUGUAUACACAACAUUUGAGAUGAGUGCUUUGUGGGAGGCCAAUACCAAGGGCCAACCUGUGGGUCAGACAUCCAAAUUAAAAGGAAGUCAGUCUAUUAAUAGAAGUGUUAACUUUGUAUUUUGAUUACUUACAGCCAUGUUUCUAAUUUUUAUACCAAGAAAACAUGUCAACAACUUUGUAUAAUCAUUUCUAUUAAAUGAGCAAGA